CCAUGCACUUGGCCCCUCCUCCCCUGCCCUGCGUGAUUAUGGCUGCGGCUUUUCCACUGUGCAAGCUGCUCUCUCGAAAAUAGUGUCGGUAAUGACUCCAGGGUAGGUGAACCGUUGGACGUAUUCCUCAGCUGUUUCGAGAAAAGCGAGGAACUAUUCUACUCACGUCGCAUGUAAAUGCAUGCAGGAUGCAAGGCUCUCGCCAGUGUUGAACUCAGCAGCAGCAGCAACAGCCCGCUGGUCGGAGCGGUGGGGUUUGACGUUGGCAAACUUCGGCAAUUUGAGCUUCAUCUGUCAGCUGCAUGACUGUUUUGGUACUCUUCUAGUUCUACACUUGGAUUUGAUUUCAGUUGAAGCAACAUAGCCUGCUUGGACAACGACGGGCAGACGGAAGAGUCGGAUUUGUGUUUGUGCGGUUCAUAUGUUCCGACAACUAAAUGGGGAUUUUAAACUCAAGAAGACGGAAUUUAUAAACUGGCAAGCUUGGAGAGUAGGUGCCUGGAACAGCUCGGUAGCCUGCUAACCUAGCCAGCUAAACAACAGACGUCCAAGUCUAUUUGCUUAUAAUCCCACCCUGCCAACUGUGAAAACUUAUCAGUGGUGCACCUAGCACACCUUUAUGCUUUUUCUUGGCUGGUUUAUGCGGUGAAAAUUCUGUGCUGUGAGUGAAGGUAGCUCUUCAGCUAACUGGUCGCUAGCAUGUUUUCGGUGAAGCCACUGAAGCCGACGUUCAAGUCCUAUCUUCCCCCAGUACAGACCGACCUGAAGAAAAGUCCUCCCAUGACUAUCCGGAAGCUGGAGGCCAAACUCCUCCCAGGUGAGAUCGUGGUGAAUGAGGUGAACUUUGUGAGGAAGUGCAUCGGCGUGGACAGCAGCAAAGAUGACCUGUGGGGCAAGCUCAUCUGCACCAACUUCAAAGUUUCCUUCAUCACGCACAACUCUCUGCCACAACAGAAUUUCAGAUAUGUCCAUCGCCUCUUGGGGGAGCAUGAUGUGCCUCUGGCCUGUGUGGAGCAGGUAGUCACAGUGAAUGAUGCCAAAGCCAAACAGAAGGUCCUGGGCUCCAAUCAGAAGUUGAAGUUCAACCCCACAGAGCUGAUCCUCUACUGCAAAGACCUGAGGAUACUGCGCUUUCGCUUCGACCAGGCACCGCCCGAGGGAGCUAAGAAGGUGUGUCUGGCCAUUGCUCACUACUCUCAGCCUGCCGACCCUCAGCUGCUCUUUGGCUUCGAGUACGCAGGCAGCCGAUACUACAACUCCUCAGGUGAGCGUGUGAAUGGAGUGGACCCAGGUGGAGGAGGGGGAGGGCAGCAUCAGCAUCAGCCUCAGACUCCCCUGUUUGACAGGCCCUCGGACUGGGACAGAGAGAUCAAACGCACCGGGGCGUCCGAGUGGAGGGUCUGCUCCGUCAAUGAGGGAUACGUCGUCUCGCCCAGUCUGCCAGAGUACUUUGUGGUUCCAGCGUCGUUGGCGGAUCAGGACUUGAAGCAGUAUGCUUGCUCUUUUACGGGCCAGCGCAUCCCACUGUGGUGCUGGAAUCACCCCAACGGAAGUGCUCUGGUUCGAAUGUCCAGCAUCAACGACCCACAGCAACAGCGGAAACUGGACCAGAGGAUCUCCACGGCCAUCACUAAGAGCCACCCCCAGCGCUGUGACGUGCUCAAGUCUGACCUGGACAAGCAGCUGCCCACCAUCCAGGAGGUGCAGACCGCCCUGCUCAAACUUAGACAGGUCUGCGUCAUCGAGCCCUUUGAAGAGUCGGAGGAGAAAUGGCUGUCUUCUGUGGAGGGCUCUAAAUGGAUGGACUAUGUCAGGGCUUUCCUGAAGCACUCUGUGGAGGUGGUGUACACUCUGGAAGCAAAACACACCUCUGUAAUUCUGCUAGAGGAGGAGGAUCGUGACCUGAGCUGUGUGGUGGCAUGUCUGGUGCAGCUGAUGCUGGAUCCUCACUGCAGAAGCCUCACAGGCUUUCAGGCCCUCGUACAAAAGGAGUGGGUCAUGGCCGGGCACCGAUUUCUAGACCGCUGCAAUCACCUCAGAAAGAACGACAAAGAAGAGUCUCCCCUGUUCCUGUUAUUCCUGGACUGUGUGUGGCAGCUGUUGAAUCAGUACCCGUCUGCGUUUGAGUUCACUGAGACCUACCUGAUCAUACUGAGCGACAGCAUGUGGGUGCCAGUCUUCAGCACCUUCCUCUUCAACUGCCCCAAGCAGAGAGCAGACUACAGCAGGGACUUUGCCCGCAGUAGGAGCAUCCCCCUGGGGCAGGAGCAGGCGCUGCGCUUCCCCCCGGUCUGGGACUGGUCGCAGCAGUUCAGCCCCAAGGACCAGACACUCUUCAACAACCCCAUGUACGUGGGCAAGAGUGCCACCACCACCACGCCUGCCCAGAACGGAGCCGUCAAGUCCUUCAAGCGCACAAAGAAGAGCUACAGCUCCACGCUGCGUGGCCUGCCCCCGGCGCUGCGUAACGGCCAGCUCCUAAACGACUCCUUGGUGCAGGACACCCUCCCCCGCCGCAACUCCCUCGUGCUCCGCCUCCGGCCCGAGCUCGGCCCGGCCUUGCGAGAACCCGUGGAGAGCCCCUGCGAGCGCUUUGUACGCGAGCGCCUGCAACGCUCCACCGAGACACCGGGUGGCGCCACUGCUUCCGCUGCUGCCGCCGCCUCCCUCAUCCUGCCCCAGCUGCUGCCCUCACACUUGCCCCUGUGGCGGCUGUACUUCCUGCGCUGGGUGCCCGAGGCCCGGAUCGAGCGCGGGGGGCCACAGGCCGCCUACCACAAGCUGUCGCUUCUGGUGGACGAGAUCCACAACCUGCAAAGCCGCCUGAGGAACUACAGCUCCGCCCCUAAUCAUAACUCCACCCCCAACCAUAACUCCACCCCCAAUCACCAUAGCAGCGCCACCCCUAAUCACAAUAAUCACCCUAUCGCCAACAAGUUCAACUCCACUCCAAAUAACAACGUCAUCACCACCAACAACUCGUCAUCGGCCAUAAUCACCUCCACCCCUACUGCCAAUAACAACAACAUCCCCACCAUCGCCUCCACUCCUACCAAUAACAACAUACCAACAAUCAUUUCCACCCCCAAUAACAACAUCCCAACUAUCACUUCCACCCCUUACAGUAGACUGGCCCCUCCAGUCCCAGCCCCAGCUCCAGCUUCAGCUCCAACUCCCCCAGUGCAAAGCCCCAUCCUGGCCCUCAUCCCUGCCGCCAACACCACCACCCCCCAAAGGCCCGCCCAGCUCCACAACCACUCCCACUCCCACCCUGACCAACCACCGCAGCAGCAGCACCAGGGCCGCAUGUACUUCCGGGUCUCCUCCAUGGCCUUGCCAGGUUCCGGCUCCGGAACGGUGUCCGGAGGUUCCGGUUCCGGAACGCCGGAGUACGUGAGCUCCUCGUUCCCCUUCUCGCCCGCGGGCAACCUAUGCCGCCCGGGCCUACUGGGCACGCCCCUCAGCAAGCUCCUGAGUGGCGCCCGCAUAUGGCUGUCAACCGAAACACUGGCCAAUGAGACGCUCUGAAACGGCUUUGCGGGUGGGUG